AUGAAUCGCUCUCGACCUAAUAUUCUUAUAACGGGAACUCCUGGAACUGGAAAGACCACAACCUCGGAGUUGGUCGCGCGAGAGCUGGGAUUCCGGCACAUAAAUGUUGGCGAGUGGGUUCGGGAAAAAGGCCUCCACUCCGGCUGGAACCAGGAGUUUGAAUGCUUUGACCUGGAUGAAGAUAAGGUCUGUGACGCGCUGGAGGACCUGAUGGCGGAGGGCGGCAACGUGGUGGACCACCACGGCUGCGACUUCUUUCCGGAACGGUGGUUCGAUCUGGUGGCCGUGCUUCAGACCAACAAUACGGAGCUGUACGACAGGUUGCAGAAACGUGGCUACUCCGCGCAGAAGAUCAGCGAGAACGUGGAGUGCGAGAUUAUGUUGGUGGUCCUGGAGGAGGCCUCCGAGAGCUACAGACCCGAAAUCGUCAAGCCCCUAUCCAGUGACAACACAGACGACCUGGAGCGCAACGUGGGGCUGAUUGUGGGCUGGGUGCGGGGCAUGAUCGGGGCGGCAGCGGCAGGGGCAGCAGCGGGGCAGCAACAGCAUCAGCAGCGGUGA